ACAAUCCCGUCAAAUGUCACCCACGACACUCACAAACAUCCAAGACAGCAAGCAGCCCCUCUCGGUCCGGCGCCAAACCGUUAAUGAGCUGCUACCUUAUGCAACCGAAGCAAUUAGCGCACUGGUUCGCCCAAUCCGUGGUAGGCUUUUGCUUGUGAGGUUGCAGGUGAACCAAAACCAGACCAGACGGUGGCAGAUUAGCGGUUAAUGCGAGUCACCCGAGAGGUCUCCCAUCGAUGACUGCCCACUUGGGCCAAGGUACCAU